AUGAAACAUCCCAGUCCACAACUGGGUAUGCGUGGUACCGGUGUACAAACUGUGCUUCGGAACCAACGCAUCACUGCACGUGACUCGCCGUUCCGUAUGCAUCAGACGGUUCCAGUCGGUGGUCAGUACUAUUUACGUUUGGACAAUUCGUACAGUUGGAUGCGAGUGAAACGUGUACGAUAUUCCGUCACAGUGAGUUCUGUUUCCCUAAUGUCCAUCAUUGGAUGA